AUGAUCCACGCGCUGGCCCCGAAGACUCCGAAUAUUUGUGCAUUCAACUCGGUCGCCUUAAAAAUCCUCGGAAUAGGACCCUCAACACCAGACCGUGUGAACGACGUAUGGAUCGAAAAGGACGGCAAUGGCUGUCCGACCGGGAUUCUACGAGGCAGCGUCACGAGUUACUACAACGAUGACCCUUUUUUCGUGGAGCUCCUGAGGAAAAUGCCCUCGCUGAUCCAACCGGACCUUGUCCCGGCGGCCUUGGUAGAAGCAAUGGCCGAUUACAAUGCGCUUGGUAUCACAACUAUUUAUGAAGGUCAUGCAAUGGAGUUCACUCAUAUUGAUGCCUACCGAGCUUUCAAAGAACGGAAGUGUCUGACUCCACGCGUGCAAGCUUGCCCAGAACUUCAGCCCGGAGCUAUGCCAGGGGACCCCGAACUGUCAGUGGCUGAAGUUACCUCGGUACUCGAGAAAGCAUUGAGCCUAAGGGACGUUCGUGAUGACUGGCUCCGCAUUGACGGAGUCACAGCGUGCACGUAUGGCCCCUGCUAUGGUGGUUAUGCGUUGUGGAAAGAAGGGUACCUCGCUCCGAACGGCGAAACUAUAACUGGCAAACGCUCCGUCAGUGAGGAGAACAUGCGUGUUGCCUAUGACUUCUGUACUCAGAAGGAUCUUCGUCUCAAUCUGUGCUCAGUAACUCCGGAUGAACAUGACGAACAUAUUUCUAUGACCGUUGAAAUGAUGCGCAAGUAUGGGGUCAAACGCACGGGGUGGAUAGUUCAACACGGCAUCAUCAUCCGCCCAGAUCAGGCCAAGCAGUUGGCUGAGCUGGGAUUUGACAUGACUGUCAGUAGCAGCUUUACCUUCGGGGACGGUGACAUGGUACGGGAGAGAAUUAGCCCGCAAACCCUGGAACUCCUAAACCCAUAUCGCCACCUUCUUGAUGCUGGCCUUAACGUGGCUGCAUCCAUGGAUUGGGGUCCAACAAAUCCAUUUGAGCAAAUGCAGUUGGCGAUCACCCACAAAAUGUAUCCAAGCGGUCUAUCCAACGCAGGAACAGGACAGGUGGUGACACGAGCGGAAGCCUUUGAAAUGUGGACGCGCAACGGUGCAAAGGUGUUAGGUUGGCAUGACAUUGGUAGCAUUCGCCCAGGAAAUCAUGCAGACUUUGCAAUCAUCAAUCGGAACCCAAUCACGUGUGAAUUGGAUGCGCUACCGUCAACAAAGGUCUUGCGCACAGUCGUUGGGGGGAAAAUUGUCUUUAAUAAUGGAACUCUCCCCUCUAGCACCUAG